ACGCUUUCCAGGAGUUCUUGGCAGAGGAUUACGUGAACGAGCCACUCGUAAGUUAGAUAUCCCCUCUGCCCCCGUCCCCGUGACCUGCUCCGUGGUAGCUCGGCCUGGGCUUGCUCGGUAGGCUAAUCGUCGUUAUCCAGAGCUCAGAGCCUGGACAGGAAACCCCUAGUUUCGGCAUGGGUAUGCCAUCUGGAUGGCACGGAAUUCCCAAUGAUUUUGACACGGCCGCCCGCUGGGCCGCCCCCGAGAACGUAGCCGGCUUUGUUCCCGGCGUCAUCGAUCCGGUAAGUUACUCCCGUUCUCGCUCCCGUGUCUUCGGGUCCGGCGUAUCUGGCCGCACCGAGGACCCGAGGGCGGCCGUCGACGGCUGCGUGUUCUGCGCCUGGUCUGUUCCUUGCGAAGAGGACAUGAGAGUUAACCGUUCCCUCGCCUAUUAGAUGUUGGUCGGUGGAGUCACCACGCCGACAAUUCCAAGUGACCUCGCCUUGGCCGGCUACGGCACCCCAAACGUGCCCGCCAUGACGCAGCAUGACGUCUCGGUGGGAAGCAGCACCAUUCUUGGGCCCGGCAUGUCCCAAACCAACGUCUCAGCGGGAAAUGGCAUCACUUUUAGAUCCAGCGUGUCGCCGCCCAACAUCCCAACCAGAAACGGCAUUACCCUUGGGCCCAGCGUGUUGCCGCCCAACGUCCGGACCGGAAACUGCAAUUUCACUCGGCCCGGCAUGCCGCCGGCCAUCCUCUCCGUCCACAACGGCGCCAUCACCGGAGUUAGUAUUCCGCCGGGCAUCAUCCCGAUCGGAAACAGCACAUUCGCCGGGUCCGGCCUGCCGCGGACUAUCGUCUCGGCCGACCGUGAUGACGGCGAUGGAUCCGGCGCCGGUUCUUCUUCCAAUGCUCCGAUGUUCAUGCACACCGGUGGACGCCAUAUCGCCGGCCACAACGCCGGAAUCGUGCCCUUUUCUCAUGGCCCGAUCGGUUAUAACCACGGCAUCCUCGGAUCACGUGGCCGCGAUGCUCCCCGUCUCGAUACUAAUGGCUCCGUUAGUAGUUUCUCCGGCGGUCCGGGAAUAUUUUCGAACCAAGGCAAUCUAGCGUCCUACGCGGGCGGAGCUGGUCCCGCAACUUUGAACAAGUAUGUUGUCCCGGAGCCUGAUCUGGGUCCCUUGACUGCCCUUGCCUGCAGUGGCUGCCGUAGACGCGAUCCUCGUACUGACAUCCAUAGUAUUUCGUUUAAAGUGCAAUCUGAAAGCAUUGCUUUCAAUAGCCAGACCGGCUCGGUGAAGCUUUUGUUCGACAUCCCCCUGGCUAGUCUGAUCCCGAACGCCGUCGGCUCGCAGGCUUUGGUGAACGACGGAAUGGGCUCCCUUUGGCAGCCCGGCGGAAGCGGUCCCGGAGGAAAUGACCAAAAUGAAAAUGAUUCAGAUGAAAGUGAUCCAGACGAAAGUGAUGCAGAUGAAAAUAAACCCAAGGUAUGUCUAUACUUUGCAGUUUCUUAUUCUCACCCUCCCCCCCUCAUCUCUCUCUGGGCGUAUAAUGUGUGUUGCUCCCGACGAAAAGGCCUAGGAAGCUGAUGGUCAACCAACUCAGAAAAAGAAAAGUAAACCGGUUCUGGUCUGGUGUCGUCGGUGCAGCCAGUGGAUACCGGACGUGAACGAGCCAAGACAC